UAUAGCAUGCGAAACAAAUUCACAUAACAACAAAAACGAUAUGACAUUGCGAGAAAAAAACAAGAGCCAGAAAAGUCAUGUUGAAUUCAUCAGUUUAGGAGAAUUUUUCCCAACAAUCGACCGGGCGGAAGGAAAUUGCGCAGAAAAAAUCGGGUUUUUCGCAAAAGAAAAAAGCAAAAAAUUAAGAAAUAAUCAUACGCUUGCGUGAGCACUUUUCAAAUAACGGUGUUGUGCGCUAAAAUUGUGUUUGGGCAUCGCCCGAAGCCUUAAGAGUGAAUCCCUUUCGCGGUUUAAAGCGGUGGGUCAGCGAGCUCAGCCGCGAAAGUUAUUGCGAAUGUGUACAAAUACAACUUGAAAAAAAUAUAUAUAAAAGCCAAAAGUUAAAAAAUUAUUGAUACAACACGUACCACAUUUGGAGGCAAGCAGCCGAACUGCCGAGAAUCAAAUCUGAUCUAAGGAUUCCAAUUCGAUUUGCGCCAAAGGAAACCGCAAUUGAACUGAAGACAAGCGACGCAGUCUCAAAACCUUAGUAACACACACACACACACACAACUGAAUCUGCACACAUACAUACAUACAGCACAAUGGAUGUUGAUAACCGUCUACUGUGGUUACGUUACGUUAUCAGCAAUAUGUUGGGUGUGGACGAUGCGGAAUGUGUGAAUGCCUUGAUUGAGAAUCACAUUGAGGACUUCACUCACUUUCUCGAUGACAAAUGCAUGAAGAACUUUGAUAUUAAAUCGGUGUUGCUGACGAUUUGGCGCACAUACUAUGACAAGUUGGUGGAAAAGGAGAUUACCGUGUUGGAGGAAGUAAUUGAGCCUCCUCCACCCAAACCGCAGAAACCAGAUAAACCAGGCAAGAAAAAGGGGAAACCGGCAGCAAAAGGUAAAGGUAAAGCGACACCGGCUGCUCAGCCCGCAGCAACGUCAGCACAGCCAGCAACCGAUGAGGAAUCACCUGGCGAAACUGGCGGCGUAACCGAUACGGAUGGCGGUACCAGUAUUGGUCGCACAACAACAACAACAGAAGGCGGUUUAACUACAGAAAAUGAGGGUGAAAGCCCUGAUGAGGGUAUGCAAAGCGGUGUUAGUUCGGUGAAAACAGAAACAUCCAGCAAAAAAGGUGGCAAGAAGAAGAAGCGUGUUCGCAGUUCACGCAGAAGAACAACACAAAAGCCAGCUGUAAAAUACGUUGAAGUUCAGAAAAUUGUUCAAGAAUAUGUGAAAACGCCGAGACUGCAUUGUCACUUCGGUGAUGUAGAUGCAACCAAUAUCGAUCCAAAUAUUAGAUAUUUGUAUUUUCUGCGUAAAGAUCCAUAUGGCAUACGUAGUUAUUACAAUCGUGCUGAAUGCUUUGCUGAAAUGCCAAAAUAUUUUAUUGUUGGGACCAUAAAUGGUGUUGUGAUUCAAUCAUUGCAAAAUGAUUUGAAUGUGGUCGGCCACAAAGCGAUUCAAUUUCAAUUUCGAGAACCAAAAUUCGAUGACAAACAAACGAAUGCCGAUGAGAAUAUAUGUGCAGGUCCCGGCGCCAGUACGGGUGAAGUCAAAGAGACGGGACCGGGUUUGUUGGAGUUGUCAAAGCCCUCGGAAUUCCGUUUGCGCGCCCUUAAACAGAAAAAACAAAUGGAGAAGGAGAAAAAGCAAUCCCUUUUAAGAGCGAAAUCUGCAAAGAAGCCCGGUGAGGAUAAAGGUGACGCCGGCGACGAGGAGGACGAUGAAGAGGAGGACGCGGCUACGAAGGUCGAAGACGCUGUAUCGACCUCCUCUUCCGAACAACUGGAGGAACCGGAGAAACCCAAAUUGACGAUUGCCGAGCGUUGGGAGCAACUAUUGCGUGAAACAAAUGAAGCUGUCGAACGGCAACGCCUCGAGGAGGAAACCACAGUGGAAAAGUUACCGCCAUAUCAGCAAAAUCUACUCAAAGAGAUGACCGAAUUCGAACAUGAGGUGGAGUGGACGACAAAGCAUAGUAUGCGCGCCUUUGAUUUACCCACCAGCUAUGCGGCGCCGGGGCAGGAGGAUGUUGAAUUUGAGGAGUCAAAAGUGAAGAUACCGGUGGAUGUGAAGAAACCCGAAUUGAUACCGACAUACUCACAAGAAAUACUCGAGGAUAUUGUACAUGGCUGGAUAUAUUUCUUGGAAGGUCGAAUCAAAGCGCUGAAAGAAAUGCAAUUGGAUGAGUUCACGCCAAUGGCCGCUUAUCGCAUUUGGCAUCAUGCUGAAAUUGAGCUUUACACCGCUUUGGAACAAUUGAAAUCUGAUUUUGUUUUAACGGUGUUGGAUAUCUUACGUAAAGCCGAUUCGCCCAUGAUCAAACGCUGGGAUGAAUUUAUGCGCGUGCUCCAGGAGCAUUAUUAUUUGUCUAAGGAAAACUCAGAUUAUAUUGCCACCAUCACCGACUACCUCGAGAAAAUUCGUGACUAUGAAAGCUUCAAGAUGACCACCCUCCUCAUACCAAAUGUUAUGGUGGGCCUACGCCACAUCUGGACCAUGUCCAGCUACUACUGUCGCGACGACAAAAUGCAGAUUUUACUUUGCCAAAUCUCGAACGUCUUCAUACAGAAAGUCAAGCGCAUCGUGUGCUUCGAACACAUAUUCAGUCGCUCAUCUAAAUACACCUACGAGACGGCGACCAACUGUGCCAACUUACUGCGUUGCUGGAAGAGCGCUUACCUCGCCAGUCGUUCGUACAUCGAGAGUUCGGGCGUUGGUUCACGUUGGGAGUUCGAUCGUCAAACGCUUUUUUCCGAAGUGGAUCACAUAUGUCAUAUUAGUCAAGAUAUCGCCUAUAUAGGACGUGUCUUUAUACAAUAUGAGAACUUAUUUGGUCAUCGUCUUAAAGCGCUAAUUACCGAUCCAUCAAUUGUCGAUGAUUUGAUGAAAAAAGUCUAUCGCAUGUUGGAUGAUAUGCUCUCAUCCGUGGACUAUGAUAUUUUUAGACCUGGCAACUCGGAGAAUUGGGAGCAUACACUGGAAACAUUCAAUCGUCGGCUGGAGAGUGUUGAGUCUGAUGCUAAGGCGGUGAUUGAGCGUAGCAUAAACACACUACGUUCAUCGGAUAUGGGUCUGGAGUUGAUUAAGACGAUUAAGGAGAUAGAUACACGCGACGAGUUGGCAGAGUUCAUUUCGACCAAGCAUGAAAACAUUUUGCGUUUCUUCCAAACCGAAAUCAACUCGGUGGAAUUUACUUAUUCGAAAAAUCGGAAAAAUCCACCAAUUGGCAAGCACCAGCCAUUCCGGAUCGGCUGCAUACAGUGGGCGCGUCUGUUGACCAAUAAACUAAAAGUCUCCGUGUUGGCAUUCAAAAGGAUGGCAGAUGAACCCAAUCUGAAGAACAGUUAUGUCAAGCGUAGCGCAUUUAAGCAAUACUUUGAGUUGGUCAAUAAAAUGUAUCUUUUCGAGAAGGAAAUGUUCGAUAGAUACACCGCUAAGGGCACAUAUAUGGUGAACGCCGUUUUCAGACAGAAUAUCCUAUGCAUACGGAUUUGUAAUCCCAAGUUUUUUGAGUAUAUUUCGGAGUCAAUGGAAACGCUUCGUUCAACUCGCAGGCGCACCGAAGAUGUCGGUGAUGGUGCCAAUCUACAGCAGUCCGCAAAUGUUGAAACCGGUUUCGUACGCAGAAUAACCAAAUUUACUGUUUAUGCAACACUCGUACAAUGGUUGGUGUGUAGACCGCAUAAAGAAAAUAUACAUAUUCAAAAAGCAAGAGCCUUUAUAAAAGCGGUGAAAUCAAAGAAAAAUAUGACCGAAAAGGAAAAGUCAAGCUUAAAGAUAUGCGAAUUGCUUGUGCGUGCUGAGCAGCAGGAUGGUUUGCCCACUUGGCGUGAAUUGGUUGGCGAUCGUAUUUUGAUUGAGUUCGAUUUGCAAUUUCGCGUUAACUUAUCGAGAGAAAUUUUUGAAAUCAUGUUUGAGGGUCAACAGUUCGAACAUUUCGGCUAUGUCUUGCCUAACGUACUGCGUACUGCCAUUAUGAAGAAGGAAAUGCUUUUCAAUGACUACGAAGCCGUGUCCAAUGUCAUCGAUCGAUACAAUGCACUCAUAGAUGGUCUUGUGUUGUCGGAAGUCAAUUUCCUACGUGAUCACCUCUACGAAACCGAAAUCGUCAUACAGACCGGCAUCGGUCGCUACACCUGGCAGUCAUUCAAUAUAUUGAAAUUUUGUGAAUCGGUCAAUACGCUCAUACGAAAACUCAUCUCUAUUGUUUCGCAAAUAAAUUUCAUACGUUUAGACAUUAAAAGUCGCAUUGAUCGUAUGAAACAAUUCAAUCUCUUUGACAUACACGAUCGCACCGGUUUGGGGCGACCAUCCAAAACACCGGACGUACAAUUUACAGAAGAAUCAAAUGAAUCAGAAAUUGAGCAGCAACAACAAGUAUCUAGUGAGCCGGAUGAAGGUGGUAGUGUUACUAAGAUACCACAUGUUAAGAUUGUGCAGCUAAAAGAAGAGGAAGCUGAGUUGACGUUGCAAGAAAAAGAAUGCGGCAGGGACAUGUACCAUUUCCAGGGAUAUUUUGAGAAACUCGAGCAAUCACGUAAUGAAAAAUGUGCGUAUAUGAAACGAUUGUAUAACUCCAUCGGUCCGGUAUUGGUGAAAUUGGAGAGUCUGGUCUUGGGCACAUUCACUGGGCGGUCUGAGAAGAUGCGCGGCUAUUACACGUAUUGGGAGCAAAUGACUUUUCACUGCAUAUUGGAUAACGCCUAUAAAAACCUCAAAUGCUACAUUGAGCGUUUGCUGAGCGACGUGCCAAUGUUUGAGGUGAACGCUGUUAUGCUGAUGUCUGAGAUUGUGCUUGAACCGACCGCUUCGGAAAUGCAAAAUAUAAUGUUGCAGUCGGCUAAGGACUAUUUGGAGCGUAUUCACAUCUACACCCGCUGGAUGGAUGGCACUUGCUUGCCCUGCCCGCCACUCAACGAUGAGUAUGGUGAUAAGUAUAUAUUUACCUUUUAUGAGGAUGUCAUUAAGGUGCGUGACAUCAGCCAUUUGGUAGUACGCGUCCAAGAGGUAUCAACGGCGUUGGUACUUGAAUGCAAAACCGUUAUUUCAAAAUUUAAGCAAUAUUUCUACUUGUGGGCCUUCGAUAAAAUGGCCAUUGCUGAGAAAUUCAUAAAUCGCGGCAUGCCUCUCGUCACAUUGGAUGAGAAAUUCACAUUUUUCGCUAAUAUCAUUGAGGAAAUACAAAUGAUGCCACCCUAUUGGAAUGCCCGGAGUAUACGCAUUAACUUGAAAAAACUAAUGGACAGCAUUUCGCAGCAUGCUCAGCAGUGGCGUUCAACACUUGGCGAGUUGUUGGCCAAAAGAACAGCUGAAAAUAUUAUUAGCUUACGUAAUGAAAUCAAAGAGCUACGUUUCAACCUGGAUAAGACGACCAAAGAGCUGGCAGACUUCAAAUUGGUGAUGCAAACAAUAUCUACGAUACAAACGAAAACACUCACAUAUGAGCAGAGAAUACAUGAACUGCAGGAGACUUACACUGUACUCGCCGAACACAACAUCAAGUUCAACUUUGACGACUUGCUGAUGGCACAUCACCUAGAGAAACGCUGGAAUCGUCUCUUCCGUUCUUCGCUCUUCCGCUUGGAUAAGGUGCAACCAAUUAAGCAGAAAUUUGCUGAUAUGACGGCGGUGGAGAUAUCAACAUUUUGGGAAGAGUUGGAGGCAUUCAUCAAAGACUUUGAGGAGAACGGUCCCGGUUCGGUGGGUCCAGAUUUGGACAAAGGCAGCAAGUUGAUGGAUCAAUAUGGCGCCAAAUUGAAUAAAUACGAAGAGCGACGUGUUGAAUUGUCUAAUGCGGAGAAACUUUUCGAUAUGCCGAUGGCCGAUUACAAUGACUUCUCAAGAAUCAAGUCCGACUAUGAAGGCAUGAUAUUGGUCUACAAGCUAUACAAAUCCUACAAGACUGGCAGAGAAGUUUGGUCCAAGACACUAUGGGCUGAUUUAGAUCCACAAAUACUAACGGAUGGCAUCGAAAGUUACAUGAAAGAGUUCCGCAAACUACCCAAACAGGUACGCACACUACCCUCCGGCCAAAUGCUCGAACUAAGUAUGAAACAAUUCAAAAACACCGUACCGUUAAUGGUCAGCUUGAAAAACGAGGCUCUGCGCGAACGGCAUUGGAAUCAGCUGAUGGAGAAAACGGGUCAAUACUUUGAUAUGGCGCCGGCACGCUUCACGCUGGAGAAUAUGUUCGCCAUGAAAUUGCACGAGUAUCAGGACAUUGCUGAGCAAAUUCUCAAUAAUGCCAUUAAAGAAUUGGCCAUUGAACGUGGCGUCAAAGCUGUUGAAGAUACCUGGGCUAACAUGACUUUCAAAGUACAUCGGCAUUAUAAAGGCACAGAGGAUCGUGGCUAUACGCUGGGAUCGGUGGAGGAAAUUGUUGUAACAUUGGAAGAUAAUGCGAUGAAUCUGCAAUCUAUGGGCGCGUCACAGUUCAUUGGUCCAUUUCUGGAGACUGUCAAUAAGUGGGAACGUUUACUGUCCUUGAUCGGUGAAAUCAUCGACGAGUGGCAGGUGGUGCAGCGCAAGUGGCUCUACCUGGAGGGCAUCUUUAUUGGUGGCGAUAUACGUGCCCAGCUGCCGGAUGAAGCGAAGAAAUUCGAUGACAUUGACAAAGCAUACCGCAGGAUUAUGGUUGACUGUGCCAAGAAUCCUUUGGUGGUGCCACUGUGUUCGGUGCCUGGCCGUUUGCCCGAAAUUCAAGGACUCGGCCUCGGCUUGGAGAACUGUCAGAAGUCAUUAAAUGAGUAUUUGGAAUCGAAAAGACGCAUAUUUCCGCGCUUUUACUUUAUAUCCACGGAUGAGUUGCUUUCCAUUUUGGGCAGCAGUGAUCCGUCGGCAGUGCAAAAUCACAUCAUUAAGAUGUACGACAAUAUAAAGUCACUGCGCUUCUCCAAGGACAAUUCGGAUCAGCCCAUAGUGACUGCAAUGAUAUCCAGCGAGGGUGAGGUUAUGGAAUUUCGCCAUAGUGUACGCGCUAAGGGUCGCGUUGAGAACUGGAUGUGCGACGUGCUGGAUGAGAUGCGAUGCUCGAAUCGUUUCAUCACUAAGCGUGCCAUCUACGACUUUGGCACUGAUCUGGAAAUAACAAGACCUGAUUGGAUGAUGAACUACCAAGGCAUGGUCGGUUUAGCGGCUUCGCUGGUGUGGUGGACCGCCGAGGUAGAGGAGGCCUUUGAUCAAGCUACCAAUCAUCACAAUUUACGCGCCAUGAAGGAUUUUCUCGAAAAGCAAAAUCAUCAAAUUGAAGAGCUCGUGAUUAAAGUACGUUCGAAUUUAACACGCAACGAUCGCCUGAAAUUCAAAACCAUCACCACAAUCGAUGUUCAUGCACGCGAUAUCAUUGAAGCAUUUGUACGUGAUAAUAUUUUGGAUGCCAGCGAAUUUAGUUGGGAGAGCCAGCUGCGUUUCUAUUGGCUGAAGCUGUACGAUAACCUGUAUGUGAUACAAUGUUCGGGUCAAUUUGAGUAUGGUUAUGAAUAUAUGGGUCUGAAUGGUCGUUUGGUCAUUACACCGCUGACGGAUCGUAUCUAUUUGACUAUAACGCAAGCGUUACUCAUGAAUUUGGGUGGCGCUCCAGCGGGUCCAGCUGGCACGGGUAAAACGGAGACCACUAAGGAUUUGGCCAAGGCCAUGGCGCUGCUUUGUGUCGUCACCAAUUGUGGUGAGGGUAUGGAUUUUCGCGCUGUCGGCACCAUUUUGUCCGGUCUGGCUCAAUGUGGCGCUUGGGGCUGCUUCGACGAGUUCAACCGCAUUGAUAUUUCUGUGCUGAGUGUGAUCUCUACACAGCUACAGACCAUAAGAAAUGGAUUGAUACGGAAGUUGGAUCGCAUCAUUUUCGAAGGAGGCGACAUCAAACUCGACCGUAAAGUAGGCGUCUUUGUCACUAUGAAUCCAGGCUAUGCCGGCCGUACCGAGCUGCCCGAGUCGGUGAAGGCGCUCUUUCGCCCAGUGACCUGCAUCAAACCGGAUUUGGAGUUAAUCUGUUUAAUAUCAUUAUUCUCAGAUGGAUUUUUAACGGCCAAGGUACUGGCAAAGAAGAUGACUGUACUCUAUAAGCUCGCUGAAGAGCAACUCUCCAAGCAAUGUCACUACGAUUGGGGUUUGCGUUCGCUAAAUUCGGUGCUGCGUAUGGCAGGUGUAAUGAAGCGAGCUUCGGAGGAUCUACCCGAGGCGGUGGUGUUGAUGCGUGUAUUGCGUGAUAUGAACUUUCCAAAGUUUGUCUUUGAGGAUGUACCAUUGUUUUUGGGUCUUAUUAAGGAUUUAUUCCCUGGCAUAGACUGUCCACGUAUCGGUUAUCCCGACUUCAAUGCUGCUGUGAGACAUACUCUCGUUGCCGAUGGCUAUGUGCUACUGGCAGAUCAGGAAGAUAAAGUGGUGCAAAUGUACGAGACCAUGAUGACCCGACACUCGACUAUGAUUGUUGGACCAACAGGUGGUGGCAAGACUGUCGUCAUAAAUACACUAAUUAAAGCUCAGUGCCACAUGGGUCUGCCCACCAAGUGCACCGUACUUAACCCCAAGGCCUGUUCGGUAAUCGAAUUAUAUGGUUACCUCGACAUGGAUACACGCGAUUGGAUUGAUGGAUUAUUUUCGAAUAUAUUUCGUGAGAUGAAUAGGCCGACUGAACGAGAGGAACGACGUUAUGUCUGCUUUGAUGGCGAUGUGGACGCGCUGUGGAUUGAGAAUAUGAACUCGGUUAUGGAUGAUAAUAAGCUGUUGACAUUAGCGAAUGGCGAACGCAUCAGAUUGGAAAGCUACUGUGCGCUGUUAUUCGAGGUCGGCAACUUAUGGUAUGCUUCCCCUGCUACAGUUUCACGCGCCGGCAUGGUCUACGUGGAUCCGAAAAAUUUACGCUUUGCACCAUACUGGCAGCGUUGGGUGUUGACACGUCCUGAGGGCGAACAUGAAAUAUUAAAUGACUUCUAUGAGAAAAUUGUCGUACAAGCGAUCGCCUUCAUUUUGGAAGGCAUUGACGGCACCUCACAGGGCAAUCCUUUGAAAAUGGUUAUACCACAAACGGAAUUGAAUAUGGUGGUGCAAUUAUGCUUCAUUUAUGACGCUCUCCUGCCCAUAUAUAGCAGUGUCGAAGAUAUUGCAGUGGAAGUACCGGAGGCGAUUGUUUACGACCAGGACGCGAUUGAGUGCGGAUUUAUACAGUGCAUCUACAACUCACUCGGCGCCACACUUAUCGAACGAGAUAAGCCGGUUUUUGAUGAAUUUUUAAAACGUGUUGCCGGCUUCCCUAGCGUAACGGAUACACAAGAAAAACCAGCUUCGGGCGGUCAAUUGCCGAAUAGUAAGCCAACCCUGUAUGAUUAUUUUUAUAGUCGUGAAAAAGGCUGUUGGAUUGCCUGGGAAUGGGUGGUGCCUGAGUAUGUGCACGAUCCGGAAAUGAAGUUCAGCGAAAUACUUGUACCCACCGUUGAUAGUACAAGAACUAACAAGACUUUGGCGCUAAUGAGUGAGAUCAAGCGACCGGUGCUGCUCGUCGGCGAAGCGGGUACAUCAAAGACAGCCAUGAUUUCACAGUAUUUACGUAAUCUAAAUCCGGACGCAAAUAUCAUAUUGAACAUUAAUUUUUCAUCGAGAACUUCAUCUAUGGACGUGCAACGCACGCUCGAGGCGGCUGUGGAAAAACGCACAAAGGACACAUUUGGCCCACCAAUAGGCAAGAAGAUUGCCUGCUUUAUCGAUGAUAUGAAUAUGCCGCAAGUUGAUGAAUAUGGCACCCAGCAACCCAUUGCAUUACUCAAACUGCUCUUUGAACGCGGGGGUAUGUACGAUCGUGGCAAGGAUUUGAAUUGGAAAAAGUUCAAAGAUCUCACAUUCUAUGGGGCCAUGGGAUGUGCUGGCGGUGGACGCAAUGAGGUGGAUCCACGCUUCAUAUCCAUGUUUGCCGUUUUCAAUAUUGUCUUCCCGAACGAUGAGUCGUUGCAGCAAAUCUACGUCUCAAUUUUCAAAGGACAUUUGCAGUAUAGCAGCGCAUUUAAGGAGAACCUACUACCGAUGGCCGAUUAUGUGGUCAGCAUGACGCUGCGACUGUUUAAGGUUGUCAUUGUCGACCUGCCGCCAACACCAUCGAAAUUUCAUUACAUCUUUAAUUUGAAGGAUCUGUCGCGCAUCUUUGCCGGAAUGCUGUUGAUCCAUUCGAACUACUUUCACGACCUGCGAGACUUGAUACGCGUCUGGCGUAAUGAAUUUACGAGAAUUAUUUGCGAUCGAUUAAUUUCGGAUAAUGAUAUCAUGUUGAUGAAAAACCACAUUGAACGUGAAGUUGAUGAAACAUUUCCGUCGGGAUUCGAGGAGGAGCAUGGUUUCAUAGACCCAGAAGCUGUCGCUCAAGAACAACAGGAUCUACUCGCAAUGAAUCCAGACGAGGAACCCGUGAUUGUAACCUUUCACGACUAUGUUUUUCGCGACCCUUUACUGUAUGGAGAUUUUCGUAAUGCAAUGAACGAAUCAGAGCCGCGGUUUUAUGAAGAUUUAGUAGACUACAUGGCUGUACAUGCGCUUUUCGAAGAGAUACUUGAAGAAUAUCAAGAACGUAGAGGCAAAAUGAGUUUAGUACUUUUCGAAGAUUGUUUGGAGCACCUUACUCGUAUCCAACGCACUUUCCGCAUGCAUCGUGGUCAUGUCAUGAUAAUCGGUGUCGGUGGCAGUGGCAAGAAGAGUACAACACGGCUCUCGGCAUUCGCUGCGGAAUGUGAAGUUUUCGAAAUCACCGUUGCACGUGGUUAUAAUGAAACAUCUUUUCGUGAUGAUCUAAAACGUCUAUACACCAUGGUGGGUGCUGAGAAGAAAAAGACCGUCUUUCUGUUUACCGCUGCACAGAUUGUCGAGGAAGGCUUUCUGGAACUGAUCAAUAACAUGCUGACUGUGGGUCAGGUGCCAGCACUCUUUGCGGACGACGAAAAAGAUGGUAUUGUGUCUUCAUGUCGUGCUGCAGCGGAGGAAGCGGGCUACUCAGCUUCAAAAGAUUCGGUUUGGGCUUAUUUUCUACGCACCUCGGCUGAGAAUCUACACGUCUCAUUAUGUAUGUCUCCAUCAGGCGAUGCCUUGCGCAACAGAUGCCGCAGUUUCCCUGGUCUCAUAGGUAGUACGUACAUCGAUUGGGUUUUCCCUUGGCCGCAACAGGCUUUAUCGGCGGUGGCUACUCUCUUCCUCUCAAAACAUAAAAUGAUACCUGCGGAACAUCGUGAUGCAAUCAUCGAUCACGUCGUGCACGUGCACACCACAAUUCAAAUGUAUUCCCGUGAAUACUUGGUCAAAUUGCGACGCAAUAAUUAUGUUACACCGAAACACUAUCUGGACUUCAUCAAUACCUACUUGCGGCUUUUGGAUGAACGCCAUAACUUCAUUAGCAUGCAACGCAAUCGCCUCAAAGAGGGAAUACAGAAGAUCGAUGAUGCCGCAAAACAAAUUGACGAGCUGCGACUCAUUGUUACCGAACAGAAGGCAAACGUGGCCAAAGCAUCUGAGGAGUGUGAAGCCAUGUUGGUGGAUAUAGAAGAAUCAACACAAAAGGCGAAUGUUAAGAAGGCAGAGGCCUCGGAGAAGUCUAUUGAAGUUGAGAUAAAAGGUAAGCAAAUCGCCAUCGAGAAAGAAGAUGCCGAAGAGGCACUUGCCGAAGCUAUGCCCGCACUGGAGGAGGCGCGUCGCGCACUCGCUGAUCUCGAUAAGGCGCAAAUCACCGAAAUCCGCUCGUUCGCAACGCCACCACCACAGGUGCAGGUGGUGUGCGAAUGCGUCGCCAUAUUGAAGGGUGUGAAGGAGAUUAAUUGGAAAUCGGCCAAAGGUAUGAUGGCCGAUGUAAGCUUCUUAAAAAGUCUGAUGGAAAUGGACUGUGAGGCAUUGACUGCUAAGCAGAUAAACACCUGUCGUGCGCAUAUGAAAAACUCCAAUUUAGAUGAUAUGGAAAAGAUCUCCGUUGCGGGCGCAGGUCUUUUAAAGUUUGUGCGUGCCGUUAUUGCUUUCUAUGAAGUUUACCGUGAGGUGAAGCCAAAGAAAGAUCGCGUGGACUUCUUGGUGCAAGAACAGGAAAUACAAAUCAAGUUAUUGAAUCAUUUGAAUCAGGAAAUCGCCAAACUUGAGGAGCAACUCGAUCAAUUAAAUCACCGUUAUGCAGAGUCUAUGAAACAGAUGAAAGCGCUGACGGAAAUGAUGCGCCAGGCUGAGCGCCGCUUGAUCGCUUCCAAUAAGCUAAUUAGCGGCUUAAGCUCCGAACGUAAUCGCUGGGCUGAGGACAUGGAGAAUUUCCGUCAACAGAAAAUCAAUAUGGUUGGUCAGUGCCUGUUGUGUGCGUCCUUCUUGGCUUAUACAGGCGCUUUCUCAUGGGACUUCCGCAACGCCAUGAUAUUCGAUGACUGGUUAAAGGAUGUGCAGGAUCGUUCAAUACCCGUACCCACACCGUUCCGCAUUGAUGAAAGUCUCACCACGGAUGUUGAAGUAUCUACCUGGAAUUCCGAGGGUCUACCUCCCGAUGAGCUUUCCGUACAAAAUGGCAUUUUAACUAUGCGCGCUUCACGGUUUCCCCUGUGUAUAGAUCCUCAACUGCAGGCUCUCCACUGGAUUCGAAAACGCGAGGCGCGCCAAAAUUUGAAAACACUCUCCUUCACAGAUUCUGACUUUCUCAAACAACUCGAAAUGGCACUGAUGUAUGGCUAUCCGGUGCUAUUCGAAGACGUCGAUGACUAUAUCGAUCCGGUGAUUGAUAAUGUGCUUAGUAAGGAUGUACAGAUAGUCAGUGGACGCAAAUUCAUUGUGCUGGGCGACAAAGAGGUUGACUUUGAUCCAAAUUUCCGUUUAUAUUUGACAACGAAGUUCGCCAAUCCCAAAUUCGAUCCAGCCGUAUUUGCCAAAGCCAUGGUCAUCAACUACACCGUCACACAAAUCGGACUCGAGGAUCAGCUGCUUAGUGUUGUGGUGCGUUCUGAGAGACCGGAUUUAGAACAGCAACGCGAGUCGCUCAUAGCCCAAACCAGCGAAAAUAAACAGUUGCUUCAACAGUUGGAAGACUCAUUGCUGCGUGAGCUGGCCAAUUCGACAGGCAAUAUGCUCGACAACGUCGAAUUAAUUGAAACACUAGAGAAUACUAAAACCAAGGCAGCUGCUGUUUCUGAACAGUUGCUGUUGUCGGCAGAGACGAGCAAGGAUAUUGAAAAGUUGCGUAAUGGCUAUCGCCCCGUGGCUGUACGCGGCGCGGUGCUCUUUUUUGCACUCUCCGACAUGUCGUCCGUGAAUAGUAUGUAUCAAUAUGCAUUGGCCGCUUAUUUAGAUGUGUUCGGCUAUUCGCUGCGUAAAUCCGUGCCGGAUACGGUGCUCGCUAAACGUCUGAAUAAUAUAAUAAAAACCCUAACGGAGAACGUCUAUUGCUAUGGCUGUACGGGUUUUUUUGAGCGACACAAAUUACUCUUCUCCUUCCAAAUAGCGACGAAACUCGCUAAGAGUGGCGGAAACUUAACGCAAGCGGAAUUGGAUUUCUUCAUUAAAGGUGCUAUUACGUUGACGAAGAGUGAACGCGCUUGUCCGGUGAAGUGGUUGACGGAAAAGGGUUGGGAGGAUCUGCUCAAAUUGGCGAAUGAUUUCCCGGAACCGUUCGGAACAUUGCCCGAUAGCUUAGGUCGUCUGCAACAGGAGUGGAAGGAGUGGUUCGAUUUGGAGAAUCCGGAAGAAGUACCAUGUCCGGGCGAGUAUAACGUGAAUUGUAAUCCAUUCCAGAAAUUAAUGUUCCUGCGCUGUUUCCGUGUCGAUCGAAUUUUCCGUGCAAUAAAUGAAUACAUCGUGGACACCAUGGAUGAGUUCUACAUCACACCGCCAGUGAUUAGUUUUGCCAAUAUCUUCGAACAGACCAACUGUAAUAUGCCUGUUUGCUUCAUACUCAGCGCUGGCUCGGAUCCUACGAAUGAUUUAAUGAAAUUGGCAGACCUCGUUGGUGUUGGUAUGGGCAAUUUUUGUCACAUAUCCCUCGGACAAGGACAAGAGAAGAACGCCAUGAACUUACUUGAUAAAUCUAUACGACAAGGCUAUUGGCUGAUGUUACAAAACGGGCAUUUACUCAUCAGUUUUGUGCGCUCUUUAGAGAAAUAUCUUGAAAAAAUUGAAGCACCACAUCCUGAUUUUCGCCUAUGGAUAACAACAGAUCCGACACCAGCCUUUCCGAUUGGUAUUCUACAAAAGGCAUUAAAAGUUGUUACCGAGCCACCUAACGGUUUGAAACUGAAUUUACGCUCCACAUUCUUCAAAGUGCGGCAGGAACGUCUGGAGGCCUGCUCACAUUCCGCCUUCCGUCCACUGGUUUAUGUAUUGGCCUUUUUCCAUGCUGUUGUCCAGGAGCGCCGCAAAUACGACAAAUUAGGCUGGAAUAUUUGCUAUGACUUUAAUGAGUCCGAUUUCGAUGUCUGCUUGGAAAUAUUAACCACAUAUUUGAAUAAAGUAAAUGAGGCAACCGGUAAGGUGCCGUGGAAUAGCUUGAAGUAUCUCAUUGGUGAAGUCAUGUAUGGUGGUCGUGUCAUCGAUGAUUUUGAUCGCCGCAUUACACGCAUUUAUAUGGAUGAAUAUAUGGGUGAUUUCCUCUUUGACACAUUCAAUCCAUUCCAUUUCUAUCAUGAUGAGAAUGUCGACUACUACAUACCCGAGGAGGAUGUGGUGCUGAAGGAGGAUUUCAUAGCUCAUAUUGAUAAGUUGCCGCUCGUCAACAAGCCGGAUGUGUUCGGUUUGCAUCCAAAUGCGGAAAUUGGUUAUUAUACACAGGCGACGCGCAGCAUCUGGAGUCAUUUGAUCGAAUUGCAACCGCAGACAGGCGAUGCAACGGGCGGUAUAAGCCGCGAUGAUUUCAUUGACAAUGUCGCUUCGGGCAUAUUGCAAAAACUACCGGUGGCAUUUGAAGUGUGGCGCGUCAGAAAGCAGGUUCAAAUGAAUCUUACACCGACGGGUGUGGUGUUGCUGCAAGAACUGGAACGCUUUAAUUUGCUGGUAAUACGUAUGAAGAAAACACUCGAGCUGCUGCGAAAGGCCAUCGCUGGCGAAAUCGGCAUGGACAAUGUGUUGGACAAUAUCGCUAACUCGCUGUUCAAUGGACUGUUGCCAAACGACUGGCGGAAACUGGCGCCGGCCACAUGCAAGCAGCUCGGCAGUUGGAUGGAACAUUUGCAGAAUCGCUCUACACAGUUCAAAUAUUGGGCCAUGUCAGGUGAACCAUUGGUGAUCUGGUUGUCUGGUCUACAUAUUCCCCAAAGCUAUCUAACGGCAUUAGUACAGAUGGCGUGUCGCAAAAAUGGUUGGCCUCUGGACAGAUCUACGCUAUAUACCUGUGUUACCAGCUAUCUGGAUCCGGAUGACGUGGAGGAGCGACCACCAACGGGCUGUUACAUUCAAGGACUGUUUCUGGAGGGCGCUCGCUGGGAUAUGGACAUCAUGCAGUUGGCGCGUUCGCAUCCCAAAAUUCUGGUUGAAGAUCUGCCGAUAUUGUCGGUGGUGCCCAUCGAAGUGCAUCGUCUGAAACUGCAGAACACGUUCCGCGCUCCUGUCUAUACUACUUCGCUGCGUCGCAAUGCCAUGGGUGUUGGACUCGUUUUUGAAGCCGACCUAGCCACUACUGAGGACAUUAGCCAUUGGGUUUUACAAGGCGUUUGCCUGACACUUAAUAGGGAUUGAAGAUUUUUUUUACUCAGUAUUUGUUGUAUGUUUCGAUGAUUGUGCUACUUGCCAAAUGUUCAUUUAUACUUAUUUCCUUGAGGUGUACCCUUUCUUGAGUUUGGGAAUGCCAUCAAGUAAUUAUUCUUUUUUUAAUUACAAUUAAUAAACUCUCAUGAGACUGAA